UAUCGUGUACUUUAGCUAAAAAAAGAAAGGAAAAAUGAAUAACAUUCAGUUUUUCUUUUGGUUGUUAUUAUAUAAAAAUUAUUAGCUUAUACAUAUUUAAUAUUAAAAGCAAUCAUAAAAUUAAUUAUUAUUUUUUGUUUAAGUAAAGUUUUUGUUAUUCUUUAAUAAAUUUCUUACAAAUACUGUAAUUAAAAGAGCUAUGUAAUAUUAUCACCGAACAUAUUUCGUGCUUAUGUUAAGAAAAUUGGCUAAUGCAGUUUUAUAUAAUUGUAGAUAAAUUAAUUAAAACUAUUAUAGUUUAUACCAGUUUUAUUAUGAGUCACUUCUUAUUGAAAUAAAUUGUAAAUAGAUUGUGUAAUGAAUUGUUGUUAUAGUUGAUAGUUGGUAAAUAUUUUUUAAAUAAAAAACAGUUGUAGAAUGUUUAUUUGGAAAAAUGAUAGCUAUGGAGGUAAUGGAAUUAUUUACAGCUUUAGAAUCUAAUCAAGCUCAUGAAGUUGAAGAUGUUAAACAUAAAUUUCAUGAACAAUUUAAUAGUACUCGGGAACCUUGGUUAUUAAAUGGAAUGUAUGAUUACUUUAUGUCUACUGGAUCUCAACGUGCAGUUGAAGUGUUAGUAGCUAUAAGGGAACCACAUGACAAAUAUCUCUUUGACAGACUUGGAGAUGGUUUACGUAGUUCUAGCCGCUUACAAGCACUCACAUUACUAGGACAUGUAGUGAAAAGACAACCAACAUGGCUAUUCAAAAUAACUAAUCAUUCUUUAAUUAAAGAUUUAAUAAGAAUUUUAAAGGUUGAAAACGAAAUAAUUACAAUAACUAGUGCGCUUCUUGUGCUUAAUGUUUUGUUAACUGUUAUUCCUGCAUUAAUUGCUUCAAGUUUAUCUGAUAUUUUUGAAGGAUUUAGUCGAUUAGCAGCUUGGAAUACAUCACACAAACACCGAGCCCCUGAAAUACACUUAUUUCACCUUCAAAUAUCAUUAUAUGUAUUGUUUGUUCAAUUAUAUAGCAUGUAUCCGUGCUCGUUUGUUUCAUUUUUAAAGUUAGAAUAUAGUAAGAAGGAUAACCAUGUAGUUUUUAAUCAUACUAUAAAACCUAUGUUAGAAACAAUGAGAAUGCAUCCCAGUUUAGUUGUAAGCUCCAAAGACUUAGAAACAUCUACUGCUAGAUGGAAAAAAAUGGAACAGCAUGAUGUUGUUAUGGAAUGUACAAGAUAUACAUUAAUGGAAAAUAGUGACAGAAAUUAUCAAUCGUCUUCAUCCUGGAAUACUGCAGAAACAAAAUUUUCAUCUGCUCUUGAAGUGUUGAAAUCAAGUAUCAGAGCAGCUGGGAAUAUUCUCAGUCCAAAUAUAAAUAAAGAUAAAGAAAUAGACUUAUGGAGUCCAAUGUUGCAUUGUGGUGAAUUUCAUUGUGAUUCUGUUCAAUCUAUUCCUACAACUCCUAAUUUACAGAACUAUUACACAGCUACAUUAUUGAAUCAAAAUGAAAAUUCUCCACCUGAAGCAGCAAUAGAAGCUACUCCUGAAAGUACUCCAAUCAGGGAUGCUAAAUAUCAACAAUCCAGAGUGCCACCCAUAAAUUCUACUGUAGUCAGAGCAUUGAAUUCAUUUGGUCUAGAAAACUUGUCUAGACGUAAUUCAUUGACAUCAAAUUCGCAACCUAAUUCACCAUUGAGAAAAGAAGGGUUUGUUUUUCCUUCAGAAGGAAUCCAAUCACAAGCACUUGUCCGUAGAAUGGACAGAAUGUUAAUGGAACGUAAUCAGAUAACAGAAACAAAUAAAGAAGAAAAUAUACGUUCUGAAGCAAAACCCAUUGCAAAUCCCUUACAAUUAAUGUCUAGUUCAGAUAUUAUGCAGAAUAGAGAUGAGGAUUUAAUUGAAUGUGAUCAACAAAGUAAUGGAUCACCCUGCCAGACUCAUGAAGGUGGUUUGCAUAUGCCUGAUUCUGCUUCAUUUAAAGAAUUUAUCAUUAGUGUAAGAACACGGCGCCGUUAUUAUAGUCAAUGUACACCUGAAAAAACAAUGGGCUUUAUUGGUCCAAGUACUGGAAGUAGUCCUAGAGAAGGUACUGAUUUUUCAAUAAUAAGUGUAAGAAGAGCUAACUCAUGUCCAGAAAUUAAAAAAACAAAUGGAAAUAAUAUGUCUAAUGGUACCACACCUUUACAAGAAGAAAGUGAAGAUGACCAUGGUGAUAGUAGAAAUAUUAGUAAUGGUCAUUCGUGUAUAUCGUCAAAAAAUACUAAAAAAGAAAAUCAAGUAACCAAAAGAUUGACAGUAUCUACUCAAACGGAACAUAUUUUACCAUAUGAACAUUUAUUUUACUGUUUGUUUCCUGCUUAUAAUGAUUCACAAAAUAGUAAUAAAAAUAAAUCAUAUACUAAUUUUCGAGAAGAUGAAUCUUUGUGUUUAGUUGAAAAGUAUGUAAGGACAUCAGCUAUUGUUCUAAAUCAUCGACAUACUGCAGCAUCUUGUGAGGAUGUUAAAUUAUUACAAGACCAAGUAUCUCUUUUAACGUUGCAGUUACAAUUUGAACGCAACCGAAGAGAAGUUCAUGCAGAACGUAAUCGUAGGCUAUUAGGCAAAUCACGUACAAGUCGGGCACUUGAUGAGCACAACUCUGCUUUGAAAGACCAAGUUAUAAUGCUAGAAACUGAAUUCAAAAGUAUAACUUCUGAACUUGAAAAACUAAGACAAUUAACAAGAAAUCAAAUUAAUGAACUAAAAGAAAAUGUAUCACAUUUACAAACUGAGUGCUCCAAAUAUCAAGAAGAAACAAAAGCUGCAAAUAAAAAUUGUCAAGAAUUAGAACAACUUUAUAAUCAAGAGAGAAUGAAGACUUUUGAAGUUACUAAACAAUUAUCUGAAACUAAAGGAGAAUUGUUUAAUACUUUGAGUGAAUUAAGUAUAGUUCAAGCUGCUGCUGAUAUAAGUAAAGAGUUAAAAAACACUGUGACAAAUUUACAAAGAGAGCUAGUCAUUAGUGGAGAAAUGCAGUCUCGACAACGUGAUAUUGUUACUCAUGUUAAUGCUCUUAAAUAUGAUGCUACUAAUGUUAUGUUAAGCCAAGAAUCAUAUAAGCACCAUACGCGUGAACUUCAAGAUAUGGUCCAUAAAAAAACUGCUGAAUUAGAAGCAACAAAUUCCCGAAUAGCAGAACUUGAAUUGAGGUUAAAAAUUAAAGAUGCAAGUUUACAAAAUGAAAAAAGAGAAAUAGAACGGGUAAAAGAACAUUAUAGCAAACAAAUCGCAGAGUUAGAAGAAGAAUGUAGAAUUUUAAAAGAAAUGCAAUGUAGAUAUCAUCAGAACGAGUUAGAAGAAUUAAGUAAAAGGGAGUGUUUAACUGAUAUUCCAAAAUUUAAUACUGACAUUAAAUUAGUCAACACUAAUUCUCCAAUAAGUAGUCAAGGAGCUGAAUUUAGACUAAAUAUGAUGUUAGCUAAAAAUGAUGAAGAAAGUGAUGAAAAUCAUGAUGUUACUCUACCUAUAUAAUAUAUUAUAUGAUCUCAAAAAUACUCAACAAAUAAUUAUUGACGUUCAAUUAGGUGGAAUAGUUAUAUUAACAGUGUACAAUGUUAUUUCAAUGAAGUUUUUUUCAUCUAUAGUUUAUAAUGAUUAAAUAGAUAUUAAAAUUGGCUAAAGUUAAAUACAUGUAGUAAUUUUGUGAGUUCAAAAGUGUCUAUUUUUAUUUAUUUUCAUCUACAAUAUUUGUUUUAAAAAUUGUUAAAAUUUUUUUUUUUAAUUAGAAAAAUUGUUACUAUGUUUUUAUGAUUCAUAUGUUAAAUCUUGAUACCAUUCAUUUUGCAAUUUUGUAAUUUUUUCAUGUUAUUUAUAUAAGAGAACAAUUUAAACCGUAAAAUGUCAUUAAAUUACUUAUUCAACUUAAUAAACUUUCCUUACUUAUUAA